AUGGAUCAAAAAGUUGAUUGGUCUCAACUCCCCUUUGAGCUAUGGCCAAAGAUAGGAAAACAGUUUGAUCAUCACAUAGAUGUCCUUAGAUUUCGCAGCGUUUGCAAAUUAUUUCGAUCUUCUGUUCCUUCUUCUCUUCCAAAUUCUCCAUCUUUUCCUUUACAAAUACCUCACCCCCUCAACCUCUCCCUAAACUGCUACCUCUACCAAUCUACCGUUUAUCUUAUUGAACCAACUGAUGCAAGUUUCAACUCCAAUUUACAACCUUUACCACCUUCUUCUUCUUCUUCCAAAGGUUGGUUGAUUAAGGUACAAGAAUCAAAAGAUCAACCUUUGAGUUUGUUGAGUCCUAUCUCCGAUCGAAAGUUAUCCUACCCUCUAAGCAUUAACAACACUUCUCUUAUGCCAUUGAAUUUGUUAAAUUAUAGAGCUAUUCAACUAUGCAAAUCUUAUACAAUUGAAAAGCCUAUACGUUUCUCAAGUUCUGUGCACAAAGUUGUAUUCUAUCCUAACUCUCCUUGGAAUAGUGUUGAGGAUUGUGUUUCUUGUUAUAUAUUUGAAGAAGGUAAAUUAGGAAUCAUGAAACACGGAGAUAAAAAAUGGAAGCGUGUGGAUGACAAGAAUUUCUACUACGAUGAUGUUAUUGUUUUCAAGGGUCAGUUUUAUGUUACUGAUAAAUGGGGAACUAUUUCAUGGAUUGAUGUUUCAUCUUUGAGAUUGAUCCAAUUUUCACCUCCUUUGUGUGGUUUUGGAAACAAGAAGCAUUUAGUGGAAUCUUGUGGGAGUCUUUAUGUUGUUGAUAGAUACUAUGAAAGUAGUGAAAACAUGAGGAGAAACUAUGGUGGAAGACGCCGCGAACCAGAUGAAGUCGUGGAAUGUUUCAAAAUUUAUAAGUUGGAUGAAGAAUGGGGAAAAUGGGUUGAUGUGAAAAACUUGAGUGAUAGAGCUUUCAUUUUGGGCCAAAGUUGUAACUUUUCCGUUUCAACUAAAGAGUUAAUUGGAUAUGAAGGGAAUUGCAUCUAUUACAGGGAUAGUUUUGAUGUUCUUAUGUAUAAUUUGGAUGACUAUAAAAUCACCACCGUUGAUUUUAAUCCUUGUAUUGACAAGACUUUGUGGUGUCAUGCACCUUGGCUGAGAUGUUAG